UAACCUCAAAAUAUAAAUUAGUAAAAUGGCGACAACUGAUGAUUCUGCUGUUGAAUUGUCACAUAUUACAGAGUAGAAAAUUAAAAAUUUGUUGACAUUGAAAAUGUCAAAAAUGCGGGUCACGAUUAAAUUAACAUUGCUAAAAUUAUUCGCGAUGACUUUACAAUGAAGUCAAUUGUGCCAAUGUACGUUAAAAUAAGUUUUUCCCAAAACAAGACGUGAUUAAACGACUGUAUAAAUGUGUGUUAGAUAAAAUCGGAAAGAAAUCGAAAUCGUUGUAAAAUUGUUGAAUUACGUGUGUUGACUGACGUUUAACGGGUUUUUUAUUUCUUUAAAAAAAAAAACCUCGUUCUUAGUCUUUGUCUUUAAUAUCGCAAUAUGUGCGAGUCACUGAGUGUUUCCUGUUUGUUUAUUCGUUGCAGAAAAAUAGUCUGAAAUUAUAAUUAUAUUUUUUUGUCUUUUUUAUAUACAUAGUUUUUGUUUUUUUUUCCAAAAUAUGUUUUCCAUAUCGAAUCUUUGGAACAGUAUUGAACACAUUAUUGUUGAUUACAUUGACGUUGACUUCACACUAUGGCUUUCUUGGCUAUUGAUGCCACUUAUAAUUACGUUUUUACUUCCGUUAAUGAUUGUGAUACUUCUCUACGUUUCCGCAUCGAUACUUUAUGUGUACAAAAUACAUAGAGCAAGAUUGAGACAGGCGUACGAAUCUGAUUGGAGAGACGCGGGUAGUAAAGUUGUCGCUGCCCUUUGGGACGCUCACGGUUGGAUAUGGCAUGGCUACGAGGUUGUUGGACUCGAAAAUAUACCCGUGGAUCAACCAAUAUUGUUUGUCUAUUAUCAUGGUACAAUACCCAUUGAUCUUUAUUAUUUCCUAUCGAGGGUACUUUUAUUUCAUUCAAAGCUAAUUCACACCGUUGCCGAUCGUUUUCUCUUCAAAGUUCCCGGAUGGUCCGUUAUUUCCGAUGUUCUCAAAGUCAUUCCAGGUACAGUGCAAACAUGCUCGUCAAUUCUUAAGGAGGGCAAUAUGCUCGCCAUUUCACCUGGUGGCGUUUAUGAGGCACAAUUCGGCGAUUCCUAUUAUCGACUCAUGUGGAAGAAACGACUUGGCUUUGCAAAAGUUGCUCUCGACGCAAAAGUGUGUAUUAUUCCUUUCUUCACGAGAAAUAUUAGAGAAGCCUUCAGGACAAUUAGUUGGGGUCGAAGAUUUUGGUUGAGAUUAUAUGCAGCCACGAGAUUUCCAUUUGUCCCGAUUUAUGGAGGAUUUCCCGUCAAGCUGAAAACAUUUGUAGGCAAACCAAUUCCUUAUGAUGAAAGUCUUACACCUGAGCAAUUGCAAAUAAAGGUUGCAACAGCUCUUGACGAAUUGAUUCAACAACAUCAAAAAGUGCCAGGAAGUAUAACGCGCGCAUUACUCGAACGAUUCUACAAUGAGGAUACUCCGAAACUUCACUGAAUGUGACGAAAAAUACAGUAGUAAACAAUUUCUCUCUAAUAUAUUAUUAGAAUUGUGAAUUGUGUAUGUGUGUGUGUGUUUGUAUGAGGGCGGAAAAAGAUAAUAAUUAUAAUAAUAAUGUGUCAUCGAACAUAAUUUUCAGUUACAUUCCGAUUGUUUUUUUUUUGUCACGUCAAAAUAUUUUUUUUUAUCGGUUGCAAUACUGAAAAAGAGAUUUUAUACAUAUAUAUAUAUAUAUAUUUAAUAUAGGUAAAUUUUUAAUGAGGUGCAAAGCAGAAACUUAAAAAAAUAUUUAAAUAUGUAUUUUUAUUUAGGAUCAUUUCAAAUUGAGUUGGUGUAUGUACUUAAUGACUGCCUUAUUUAUUUUUUAUACGACGAACUAACAUGCAUAUAUUAACAAAGACUUUUAAAGUUCUUUGUUUGUAAAUAACUUAUUGAAAUAAAAAUCAAUUUUUUUUCCUGUUGGAAAAUUAAUUAAAGGAAA